AUGACCGGCGCAACCGAAACCGCCGACGUCGUCAUCAUCGGGGGAGGCGUCAUGGGCUGCAGCGUCGCCUGCAACCUCGCGCUCACCGCCGCCGACCAUGGCCUGCGCCGCAUCGUGCUCCUCGAGCGGGAAACCCUGGGCAGCGGCUCCACCGGGCGCAGCAGCGGCGCGGUUCGGAUGCACUACUCCACCGCCGUCAACGCCGAACUGGCGUGGCGGAGCCUGCACAUCUUCCGCAACUUCGCGGACAUGGUCGGCGGCGAGUGCGGCUACACCCGCACCGGCUACCUGGUGUUCGCGGGAGCGGACGAUCUGCCGUCCUUCCGGGCCAACAUCGCGACACAGCAAUCGGUGGGCGUGACGACCGACAUCAUCAGCGCCGCCGAUACCGCGGAACUGGCUCCCGGGUUUGAGGUUGCUGACGCGGCGGCCAUUGCCUACGAACCCUAUUCCGGCCACGCCGACGCAUCGGGCACCGCCUAUGCCUACGCGACCCGCGCGCGGGCGGAGGGCGUAACCAUCCGGCUGCAAACACCGGCGGCAGCCAUCGAAACCAGCGAAGACGGCAGCCGGGUCGUCGCGGUUAGGACCGCCACGGGAGAGCGCAUCGAGACCGGUAUCGCCGUAGUCGUGACUGGCCCGUGGACAGCGCGUUUCCUCGCCCCCCAUGGAAUCGAGGUGCCCCUGGUCGCAACGCGCCAUGAAGUCCUGCACUUCCGCCGGCAGCUGGACGUGCUUCCUUACCAUCCCGGAGGCGCCGACAUCGGCAAUCGGAUUUACUUCCGGCCCGAAGGUCAGGACCUCACGUUGGUUGGCAACGGCAACCACUCGGAUGUCGUCGACGAUCCAGAGGUAUUCGCCCAACGCGCCAGCCCAUCGUUUAUCGAGGACGUGUGGCAGCGCUUGGCCCGACGGAUCCCUGCCAUCGCUGACGCGGAACUGGCUGCCGGUUACGCGGGGCUGUACACCAACACGCCCGACUCUCAUCCCAUCAUAGAUCGUAUCGACGGUGUUGACGGGCUCUACCUGUGUACCGGUUUCAGCGGCCACGGGUUCAAGCUGUCUCCGAUGGUGGGAGUGCUGAUGGCGGAGCUGGUUGGCAGUGGCGUGGCAACAACCAUGGACAUCUCCCCAUUGAAGCUGUCCAGAUUUGAGGACGGCAACCUGAAUAGCGCCGGCUACGGCUUUGACGUCCUGGUUUAG